AUGAUAAAGGCAAGCUGCGAAGGAUCAGAACGGCGACUGCUGCACCUUUGCUAUUUCGCGUGGGGACACAGGGCAACACCUAAGAAACCGACAGAAAUACUGAGCUUCAUCAGCGACCUUAAUUUCAACCGAGAACUACUCAUCAAGGAAGCCGUAGCUGCACAAUGGUUGAAGCAAAAUGAGAGUAGCCCAAUCGUCAUUCACUGCCUCGCAGGCACGACAAGAAGUGCGACGAUUAUUGCUCUGGAUAUAUCUCUAAAAAAAUUAGACGACACAGCAGCCAGAUCUUGUGGACCAAUGGUUGACGUGGACGACGUAGUGCUACGGCUUCGAAACCAAAGAGCCAUGGCUAUUCAGAAACCCGAACAAUAUCUGUUCCUCCACCUCGCCGUUUUCGAACACGCUGUUCGUCAACGAUAUAUCUCAGAAAACACAUAUAAUGAGAUCGAUCUAGAAAACUAUUUCUACAAUCCACAGCGACCAGGAAGUGGAAGUAAAGAUCAAGAAGACACGGGAAGAAAAAGUUCCUCAACGUGA